CUUCAUCCAUCCCAAGGAAUUUGGGGAAGACCAUGGUCUUGGCGAGCAACAUGGACCACAGUCACUCAAUAGACUCUGCGUUAGACACGCAGGGCCUCGCCGAUGAGCAGCGUGGCCUCCUUGAGCUCAUCGACAAGCUGCAGUUCGCCCAGCUCGACAACGUCAAACUACCACAGAUCUGCGUCGUGGGCGACCAGUCUGCAGGCAAGAGUUCCGUCCUCGAGGCAAUCACCGGCACGCCCUUCCCUCGGGAUGCCGGCGCAUGUACGAGGUUUGCGACAGAGAUCCGGUUACGACGGGCACCAGAGUCCAGCCUUAAGGUUUCUAUCAUUCCAGACAAGAACCGGGACCUCAAGGCCCAGGAGGCACUGCGCAGUUUUGGCGGCAAUGUCACCCAGGACAUGUCCUUCGAGCACCUGAUGCGCUAUGCUGUCGACCUCAUCGCUCCCAAGAACAUACCCGGCCGCUUUGCCGCCCGAGACAUCCUUGUUGUCGAGAAGAGAGGGCCCGACCUGCCCCUGCUCACUCUGGUGGAUUUGCCUGGCCUGGUCAAGAAUGCCAACAACGACCAGUCUCUUGACGACAUCAAGACGAUCGAGUCGCUGUGCGAUCGCUACAUGAAGAGCUCUCGUACCAUCGUCCUCGCCGUUGUGGGUGGCAACACGGACUACGUGCAAGCGCCCAUCCUCAGCAAGGCGCGCACCUUUGAUCCUACAGGGUCUCGCACCAUUGGCGUCCUCACCAAGCCGGAUUUGACCGAGUCCAUCGGCCUGGAAGACAAGUUUAUUGAUCUCGUCAACAACAAGGAUAAGGCCAACGUGUUCAAGCUGGGCUGGUAUGUCCUGCUGAAUCCUGGCCCUCGAGAGCCAGGCCAGCCCUGGCCCACGUCCCGUGAGCGCAAGCAGCGCGAGGAAGAAUUCUUUGGCCGCGGUAAAUGGCGGUCGCUGCCGUCUGAGAUGUGCGGCGCUGACGCCUUGAAGGCCAAGCUCAGCGCGCAGCUGCAGCGCCAUAUUGGCCGGCACGUCAAGACCCUGCGCCGCCAGAUUCAGACGGCGCUGGACGAGACGGAUUCCGAGCUCAAGAGCAUGGGUGAGGGCCGUGACACGCCCGAGGAGAUGCGGAUAGAACUCGUUGAGCUCUUCAGCGCGUCCAAGGAGCUCGUCAUCCCCGCCGUGUACGGCUUCUACAAGAACCCUCCCGGCAAGACCUUCUUUCGUUCGACGGCCGACCCGAGGGGCACCCCCGCCCAGAACCUGCGCGCGCGUGCUGCUGAGGAGAACGACAUGUUUUCUCAGCGCAUCAGGCAGCAUGGGCGGAAAUUCGGCUUUGUGUCUGGCGGCUCCGGCCCGGGUGGCGCUGCCGAGCAGCUGACCAGCACCGAGGCGCAGAAACAAAACUACGUACGGUCUGAGGUGGAGAUGCUCCUCAAGCAGAUCCGCGGGUCCGAGUUUCCCGGCGAUGCCAAGCCGCGCGCCGUGUACAUGCUGUUCCAGAGCUACAGCGAGUACUGGCCCAAGCUGGCGCAGGAGCACAAGGACAACCUGGGCGUGGUGUGCAACGAGUUCCUGUCGGAGCUCAUCGACUACGCCUGGCCACGGCGCAUGCGCGAGCCACUCCGCCGCCACUUCCUCGACCCGCAGAUGCGUGCCCUCAUGGACAAGGCGCAGAGCGAGCUCGACCUGCUCACCCAAGACAUGCACCUCGAGGUGCAACCCUACGAUCCGGAGUACGAGGAGAAGCUGCGGCGUUGGCAGCGGGACGCGACGACCGAGGGCAACACCUACAGCGAGGCCCAGGAGGUGCUUGAGAAGAUGCUCAUCUUCUAUGAGCUCACCGCCAAGAGCUUCAUCCGCAACGUCAUUAUGCAGGUUGUCGAGCGCCACCUCCUGCAGGGCAUGUACAGCGUCUUCGAGAGCGUCAAGUGCCUGAGUAUGACCACCGAGGUCAUCGAGGCCAUCGCCGCCGAGAACAAGGAGACAAGGGAGCGCCGCAUCAUGCUCAAGGGCCGCAAGAGGGCCAUCGAGGAGGCCAAGGAUGUGUGCGCCGGCUUGGCGAUGAGGAAGGAGUUGAGGAUGUACGCGGACGAGGCCGCCACGGACGGCGAGACCUCUGAUGAAGACGAGGACGGCCCGCCGAGACGCACGCUCAGCUCGCGGUCCCAGCAGCAACAACAGCAGCAGGCCCCUGCUGCGGCCCCGUCGAGGCCCCCGCCGAGGAAGCAUGCUGCCGCCGCUCCUGCCCCUGCGCAGGUGACGAAUGGCUAUGCCAACGGCAUAGUCGAUGCCGCGCCUUUGCCCUCGCCGCCGAGAACAAAGACGACUCCGUACCUGCCCGAGGAGGACUACUACAACGCCUCGCCCCGGUCGUCGGCUCCUCCACCAUCGAUUGCUCCACCGCCCCCGCCCAGGCCUGAGAAGGUCAGCCAGGGUGCAGCGAAGAGAGGACAGUUCAGGAAGAUGUUGGGCAGAGUUUGAGGGGAGAGAUGACGGUGUGUGUUGUGGAUAGUAAAGGAUUAGUCUCUUAGAUGCAUAUUUAUUUGGGAAUCAUAGCGAGAUAGACUUUGGUACUUUUUUAAUCGAGUCACGAAUACUCUUCAGCUGUU